AUGUCUUUUUUACCAUGCAGUUGCGAGGAGCAUCAGCAUUACUUGAGAAAUGGCACUGGUUCCUUAUGCAAUCCGUAUCCAGUACAGCCAGGUUGCUUGGCGCUGGCACGCUCCGAACUCAGCCUUCCAUCGGCUAGUGCUGCAAGCCUUGGGCCUCCUCGGCGUCGACACGCUCGGCGCCAGGACAUGCCCUCUUCUUCUAUUGCCAUGGGCUCGCGCACCUUUUCUACAAACAUUUCCUCCACAGCAGCUUCUGCUGAAAGUGCUUAUUCACCGGGAGUUCCUGCCAACGCCAUGGCUAGUUUGAGUCGCAGAAUGAGCCCCGCACGACAGAGUAGCGGAGUCAGUGAACGUGGACAGUUUGGUGAUGAGAGCCUUCCACACCAGCAGACGACUGUCUCUCCUUUAAUUAGCACCAGUCGAUCGGCUUCACGCCAGUCGCUUAAUAACCUGCCUGGUGGAUUAAGUCUCUCUUGUACGUUUAUUCUUUUCUGA